CCUGCUGCUUACAUGCUGCCCUCUGUGCUGGGGCCUGCCACCGUCAACAAAACCUCCGCCCCUAACUUCUCCCUCCGAGGACGCAGCAAGAUAGGCAGCUUCCACGAGGACCUGCAGAAGGUAGAUCUGACAUGUCAAACACAGACUCUUCCAAAUGGACAUCUCACCUGUCCUCUUUAUGGAAGAUGAACAGUUUGCAUUAGUAGGCCUAUUGUUAAUUGUUUCUUCCCUCAGACUUCUUCCCUGUGUUUCCAUCUGUCCAUCAGACCCCUGGUCCAGGGACAUACAGAGUGGUGGACCCCUGCACCUACAAACACAAGCCCCCCCACUACAGCAUGACAGGACGCAACAGCAUGCCUGGAGACACCACCAUGAAACCAGGCCCCGGAGCUCACCACCCUGAACAGGCAAGUCACCUCAUCAUCCCCAUAUCACUCUUAUAUUACUGUUGUGCAAUGAUUAACAUCUUAAAAGAAAAAAUAUGAAAAUAUCUUCUACAAAGUGUUUUUCUACCCACUGUUGCAUGGGUAGUGCCCUAACUGCCUGUCUUCCAUUGGAAGGUGACCUACCAUACUCAAUAAUCUGAAUGCUGAUAAAUUUUAUUUGAUUAUAUUUAACCUCCUGAUCCUUAAUUUUCCACAAAGGUUUUGUUUAAGUUUUUCAUUAAUCAUCAUUUUAAAAGCCGUCAGCCUGCUACUCAGAUCCUAAACCCCAUAGAAAUGAGGCGCAUUAAAGUGAGUUUGAUCGAGAGGCGACAGUAAACAGGUUUAUUAUUGUCUCAAUCAGGCCUAGACAUAUUUAUGUACUUGUCACAUUAUAAAGGUCUGGAUGUCAAAUGUUUAACUAAUGCCAAAACCACUGUUAGAUUAGUUGACUUUGAUGUAUUCUGAACACUCAAGGCACAGGCACAUUUUCAGUCAAGUGCAGAUGAGAUGUUAAAAUGAACACACCAUGCAAGCUGUUUCUCUUGAGAACAUUGUAAUUGAACAUUUAUGUGAAAUCACAUCUGUCCUUAAAAUACAAUGUAAACAUUGUGUACACCCAGUAGUACAGAGGCUGCCUACGUAGCCUGUUUGAGUGAAUUGGGUGUCAAUUGACAGAGCUGAGCAAUGCCACCACCUUGUGGUUAUUUAAGGAAUUAUUCUGACUCUUCCAUCAAAUAUCUAUAUUAUUAUAUAUUUUUGUAUUUUGUCCCAUCGCUGCAACUCCCGUACGGACACCGGAGAGGCGAAGGUCGAGAGUCGAGAGUCGUGCGUCCUCCGAAACACCACCCAACCGUGCCGCACUGCUUCUUGACACAGUGCCCGCUUAACCCGGAAGCCAGCCGCACCAAUGUGUCAGAGGAAACGCCAUAAACCUGGCGACCGAGUCAGCGUGCACUGCGCCCGGCCCGCCACAGGAGUCGCUAGUGCGCGAUGGGACAAGAACAUCCCUGCCGGCCAAACCCUCCCCUACCCUGGACGACGCUGGGCCAAUUGUGCGCCGCCCCAUGGGUCUCCCGGUCGCGGCCGGCUGCAAAUAUCUAUAAUUUUGAAAAAGCCGAGUUUCCGUAAUAUUGGGGGUCAAUUGGUAGGUUUAAUGUCUGCUGGUUUAUCCAGCUGUCAAAACACAGACAGAUCUAGACAGACACAGCAUAUUUUUUAACAAGUUCUGACUGCAUUGCAUAACAAAAACAACAUGAAUAAUUGUGUUCUUCAUUUUGGUAAAUUAUUAACAACAUGUUUGUUUUUUUGCCACAUUGUGAUAUAAAUCUGACCUGCCUGUCAAAGUUGCGUCUCCAUGGUAACGUCGUCGUAGUGAGUUUGAGGACAACCAAAGUCAUAAACAAUCAGGGACCCAGGUUGGUCCAAUCCACGUGCUGUGUCCUAGGGCGACGCGCCCAGUGCCAAGAAUACAACUAACUACAAUACAGAUUGUAGAUAAGGUCGAUCAAUGUUUAUCUUGCCGACGGAUGUCCAUUUAGAUAAGCUUGGAAAUGAUAAUACAGCCAGACCAGACGCGCGGUCAUGGUUGGUGUGGAAUAACUUUUUUGAUCGACCGUCUCCUAUAUUGACUACAGUAACGUUAGUAGGCUAUAUGGUGGUAGGCUCGUUCAAUACUUUCGUCACUACUAGAAUGCUGCGACGUGAACUUUUUAUUUUCGAGAGAGAAUCUAGAUUAAGAUGAAAUCGGUUGAGGCAGCAGGGACCCAUAGACAGUAUUAUGAUUUUUUAAAAUAAUGUAUAACAGUUAAAAUAAUCGACCUAUUUUAUUGAGUAAAGCAAGUAACAGUCACACACAGCCAUUUCUCACCUGCCUUCAGUGCACAGUUGCUAAGAAACUUUAGCGCGCCAGUUGAGCGCAUGACAUUAUUAUAUUACAUAAUAGUGACGUGCACGUCACUAUUGCGCCAAAGUUAGUUUCGAACACCAACCAAACAGACAAAGGAGCUCCAGACACGAGCACUGACACACCAGCACUAACAAGGUUGCCAAUUACCAGAAUGAUUGGCAAUCUGCUUACAGCUAUCCUAAAAAUAGUUUUUAGAAUGUUUUGAUGGAAAUGACUAUUGAGGAUGGGAAUCUAAACUGGUUAAUAGAUUCUAACCUCUGUCUUCUCUCCUCCCCAGACUAAUCAUGUCAGGCAUUGAUGUUUGGGUUGGCUCCUGGAGGCCCCAUAAGCCCCGUGGCCCCAUCGCUGCUCUCUACAGCAGCCCUGGACCCAAGUAUGCCCUGCCUGGAGCCACUGGUACAACUAACUUAGUGAUUGACUGAUUGAUUCAUUGGUUGAUUGGUUGUUACCUAUUGAUUAGUUGGUUGAUUGGUUUUAUUUUGGGGUAUAAACUGACAUGGGCAAUCAUCUUCACCUCUCCUUCAGGUCUGAACUACCAUGACCCCAGAAUGCUGAAAGGGCCAGCGUUCAGUUUUGGGACGCGCCACCACAAGUUCAGCUCAGACUGCUCCCCCGGGCCGGGGUACUUGGUUCCCUCCAACAUCACCAGGAUUGGGCGUGACGGGACCCCUUCAUACUCCCUCUACAGCCGCCCCAAAGACCCCCAGCUGUUCCAAACCCCUGGACCUGGUCAGUAACACACACACUUGCAAGUUCACACACACAAGCAUGCUCAAAACUCACACACCGUCUCUCAGAAACUACAACACAUACAGACUCAACACAUAUAAUAUGAGACUGUGUUCUUACUGUCUGUUUGGUGUUUCAGGCCGCUACUCCCCUGAGAGGUCAGGGCAGUCUGCAUAUUACUCUGCCCCUGCCUACUCCCUGUCUGCCAGGAGCAAAGGCUUCCGCAACGACCAGACCCCAGGUAACAUCCUCUUCAAUAAUGAUAACAGUCCAACACUGUGGCUUUAAGAGACGUAGAUUAGAAUGCUGGCUGUAGAGUUUUAGAAUGUGAUCGAUAGAAUGUUCAGUGAUAAGAAUGUUCAGUGAUAGCAUGUUCGAUGAAGACUGACAGAAUGGGAUAGAACUGUGGAAUAAAAUGAUGGUGUAUAGAAAUGUGGAAUAGAAUGUUGGUGUACUUACGGAAUGUGAUUGUUUGUGUGCUUUCUCUCAGGCCCUGCUGCUUACAUGCUGCCCUCUGUGCUGGGGCCUGCCACCGUCAACAAAACCUCCGCCCCUAACUUCUCCCUCCGAGGACGCAGCAAGAUAGGCAGCUUCCACGAGGACCUGCAGAAGGUAGAUCUGACAUGUCAAACACAGACUCUUCCAAAUGGACAUCUCACCUGUCCUCUUUAUGGAAGAUGAACAGUUUGCAUUAGUAGGCCUAUUGUUAAUUGUUUCUUCCCUCAGACUUCUUCCCUGUGUUUCCAUCUGUCCAUCAGACCCCUGGUCCAGGGACAUACAGAGUGGUGGACCCCUGCACCUACAAACACAAGCCCCCCCACUACAGCAUGACAGGACGCAACAGCAUGCCUGGAGACACCACCAUGAAACCAGGCCCCGGAGCUCACCACCCUGAACAGGCAAGUCACCUCAUCAUCACCAUAUCACUCUAA